AUGUCCGUCAACUCUCCCCCCGCUCAACCCUCCUCGUCGCCGCUUGGUCGGAAUCGCAGCUCUCUCUUACACAAGUUUCGUUCGUCACUCGGUCAGCGCAGUCGCAGCCUUACUGAUUUCUACAUCGAGCCCGACGACCCCUGGCGUUCAUAUUUCCCGGGGGAUGUGAUCAAGGGGACCGUCGUCCUUACCGUCGCUCGUCCCGUUCGCAUUACACAUCUCGUGGUUUGUUUACAUGGUUAUGUCAAGGUCUUUAAGAAUACAGUUCCCUCCGGGGAGACGGCCCCGGAUGUGGGAUUUCUCGGGCCUGGGCGCGGGCGCCGAGGAGCAGAGUAUUUGGGCAAUGGGUUGGCUACGCUGUUCGAAGACGAGGUCGUCCUCUGCGGAGAGGGCCGCCUUAAGGAGGGGAUCUACAAGUUUCGCUUUGAGAUGGUCUUUCCGCCAUAUGCCCUCCCCAGUAGCAUCAGUUUCGAACGAGGCACCAUUGCCUAUAUGCUUACGUCCACCCUAACGAAACCUACCACUAUCAACCCAACCGUUUCCUGCCGCCGACGUGUGAACCUCAUGGAGAAUAUUGAUAUCGCUCCCUUUCCCGCCCCGAAAGCCCGUGUUGUGACACUGGAGCCGGUCUCGAAGCGCACGCGAUCGAAGGCAAAGGCGAAAUCGACAAGCUCGGAUGCGGCACCGGAUUCAACGUCGGUCGAUGUCUCGGUCAGUGGCGCAGCGGGUUCGGACCAUCGCCCUCCGUUAAGUCCCGCUCCUAGUAACGUCAGCUCGUCGAGUCGGAUGAGCAACAGCAGCCAAAGUUUCCAAAUAGCCAGUGACCCGAGCUCGUCAGCCGGCACUGGACUGCGAAAUAGUGAAGCGCGCAGUCUCACGCCCUCCUUAGGGGAUAAAACCAUCACGGCUAAAACAGAGGUUCUGCGCGCGGGCGUGCUUCCUGGAGAUACAUUACCCAUCAAAGUCACCAUCAACCAUUGCAAACAGGUACGCAGCGCACAUGGGAUUAUUAUCACACUCUAUCGCCAAGGACGGAUAGACCUUCACCCGUCGAUUCCCGUUGGGACCUCCGCGAAUGGGAAGAAGCCCGUUUAUGAGGACAUCUAUCCGCGAUCCCGAACGGGAUUGGGCGGUCUGACGAUCGGCACCAGCCGGACCAGCAGCGUCUUCCGGAAGGACUUGGCGCAGACGUUCGCCCCGUUGGUGGUCGAUCCCACCACCUUGACGGCCAUCGUGAAAACAUCCAUCCGCAUCCCCGAAGAUACGUUCCCCACUAUCACGCGGACCCCGGGGAGUAUGAUUAAUUUCCGCUAUUAUGUGGAGGUUGUGGUCGAUCUUCGCGGCAAGCUCACCUCGCCCGAGCGGUUCUUGCCGCGGUUCAACUUGGUCACCUCUGGCAGUAAUUAUUCUCCCAGCGGCAAGAUCCUGAAUCCGACCGAUGCCAACAGCAACGCCAUCACGGCGAAUUGGGCGGGGAACAUCCUAGAUACCGACCAAAUCCGGCGAGAGAAAGGUGUCGUCGCCGUCGCCUUUGAGGUGGUGAUCGGAACGAGGGAUUCCCAUCGCCGGAAAAACGAACCACGACGCGCCUCCUCAACCGCGGCGAGCUCGGAUCUGCAGUCCUCAGGCGGAAAUGCUCAAGGGGAUGGGGACCAUUGGCCGGCAGAUCAGCACUCUGUGCCCAAUGGGGAAUCCGAAUAUCCGUCACCGGAAGAGUAUGGGCCGCAGGAGCUGUUCUGGCCGGAGUACGGGGACGAGUCGCAGCCGCAGUUCCAGUCAUUGGGCGAGAUUGUAUCGACUCCCCAAUCAGAAGAACCGAUAGACGAAAAGGCGCGCAUGCGGCAUGCGGAGCAGAUGCUGCUUCCCAGUCAACCGCCGAAUGAGGCGGAAGCUGGACCGUCGACCGAUGUUCCCACGGCUCCUGUGCUUCCCGAGGAUGAUCACAUCAACGGCUACCAUCAUUUACCCUCACCGACUGAGAACACGGUGCGGCAAGCGUUGACUUCAGCAGAAUCAGUUCAAACAGUCGUGCCCGGCAGUAGUGCUCUGAGUCAGCCUUCCGCACCAAGCGAUGACAAACAAGAGCUGGAGCGACAACGGUUACAGAUGGAGGCGAGCGCGCCAGACGAAAAUGGACCGUCCCAUAGCAAUGCCGCCGAUGGACCGAGCGCUCCCGUCUUCCACGACGAAGGCGAUCACCAGCUGGUUGGUGGCAAUGCGCACGGAGACGAGUCAUUGCCGCGCUAUCAACGGUAG